AUGAUGGGGUACAUAAAAAGAAGGGAGAAACAGAAACAAAACCCCGAGGACGCCGUUGAAAGGCCUUUUUUAGGCGGACAAUUCCUGCAUCACCCAACAUAUACCACUUCACCACCAUUCGACCCAGCCGAUCAUAUUAGAGUGAGCUCUUUCUAUGAACUUGAUCACUCCAAGUUGCCUUAUAAAACCCCUGAUGAACUCAACAAAAUCCGGGUUGUCAUGGUGAAUGAAAAGACCAGAAUGAGAGUUUCCCUGAGGUUUCCAAGCAUCUAUUCUCUAAGAUCUUACUUCAAUGAGAGUGAACAUACUAAUGAUAAAGACUCGAAGAAGAAACUUCCAUCAUUCGAUGAGAAGUACAUUGUAGGAUCAGAAGAUGCAGCAGAAGCUCUUUAUAGGAGAAUCUCUGCUCAAGAAAUUGCAGACAAGAGUAGCUCAUGGAGUUUCUGGGUGCUUACAAAUCCUUUGGCUUCGCCUCGAAAGGUGUCAGACCCACCUAGAACAAGUACUCAUGUUAAUGUUGGUGCAAGAAAAUUGUCUCUCAUCUCUGAACUUAAGGGAACCGGUAUGGUUAACUGGGGUCAGCGCCGGCAGGUCAGGUUCUUGGCUAAACACGUAGAGGAUAAAGGUGAAAUAGCGGCUGUAUCGAAUGGCUUAAUUAAAGGCGAAGAAGAGAUAGACAGUGAUGGUGGUGAUGAUACAGGGGAGGAGGAGGAGGAGGUUAAGGUAGUAGUAGAUAAGUCGAGUGAGGCUAAAAGGAAAUUACGUAAGAGAAAAUGUCAAGGUGGGUCUGGAAAAAAAUCAUCACCAAAGAAGAAAAGGCCUAAAUGUGAAAAGAAGAAUCAGAUGGUGGUCUAUAAGCAAAAGAAGAACAAAGUCAUAAAAAAUUCUAUUAAUAGAUGGUCUGCUGAGAGGUAUAAAUUGGCCGAGGAUAACAUGUUGAAAGUAAUGAAAGAGCAGAAUGCUGUGUUUCGAAACCCAAUUCUAAGGCCAGAAUUGAGAGCUGAGGCACGGAAGUUGAUUGGGGAUACUGGGCUGUUAGACCAUUUGUUGAAGCAUAUGGCAGGGAAGGUGGCUCCAGGAGGUGAAGAGAGAUUCAGGAGGAGGCAUAAUGCAGAUGGGGCAAUGGAGUAUUGGCUGGAGAAAGCUAAUUUGGUUGAUAUUAGGAAAGAGGCUGGUGUUCAGGAUCCUUACUGGACUCCUCCGCCAGGUUGGAAACCUGGCGAUAAUCCUACUCAGGAUCCUGUAUGUGCUAGAGAGAUCAAGGAGCUUCGAGAGGAAAUUGAUAAAGUUAGAAGGGAGAUGGUGGAGCUGAUGUCCAAAAAACAUGGGAAGGAACUAGCAAUUGUGGCAGUACCUAAUUCUUCUCGUACAGGUCAGGACAUGGAGCAUGGCAGCUUAUUAAUUCCACUGGAGGAAAUGUACAUUGAUUUGGUGAAUAAGAAGGUAAAAAUGGAGGAACAACUAAUGGAAAUUUCACAAUCUUUGUGUGGGAUGGAGGAUGAAUUGGUGGCUUGUGAUUUGAUUGUCGACCUUACUGUACAACGGGGAGGCCUGGAAGAAAUGGAGAAACUAAAAACCAGAGUUGAAAAGUCAAACAGAAAUGAAUCAACAGAAAGGCCAGCUUUAUUAACGGGAUCAACAGAGUCGACCACUCCAGCUCCAGCAGGAACUGGAAGAAAGGGGAAAGAAGGAAUGCAUCUGGAAAAAGAAGCGAUUGUUUUAUGGGAAUCUGCACAAGAACAGCGGAAGUCAUCAGGAGGCAACAUACAGCCAACAACAGAAUCACUAGCACCAACAGAGGAGAGGGCAGCAAAGAUAGAAAGACUGAAAAGUGGGUUUAGGAUAUGCAAGCCUGUGGGAAGUUUCCUGUGGCCUGAUAUGACUACCUCAACCCCACGCCCUCAGACUGUGGUCCAACCGGAAGACCUCAAUAUUGCAGUGCAAACACCUCCCUCUGUGUCAUCCACUCCACCAAAACAACCUCACCCCCUCUUUGCUCCUCCCUCUCUAACCCAUGGACCACGCCGUACUUCGCAUGUGAAGCCAUUAGCCGAGAGAAGGCUUGUCACCAUUCCUCGAUCCAAAGCCGACGUCAGAACUCCAGUUACUUGUCCUUCCCUUCAUCAAAUCACUUCCGCCGCCCAGUAUGAGAAUAGCAGCAUUUCCACUUCUACUACCAUCACCACCACUGCCAAAAUCCCUCUGAUCAACCUCAAUGAGCCACUGAAUACCAAUCAGAUUGAUGAUUAUGGAUUAUUUUGUGGGUCUGAGUAUCAUGCUCAAACCUCCUCUUACCCUGUCACUUACCAAAGAAGACAUCAUCAAAAUGCGACCACUACUAUUGCCAUGCCAAGUCUAUGUUUGGGACCCACAAAGAAAGAGAUGAUGAGCGAAUGGGAGGAAGGUGAUCAAAGAAAAGGAAUGAUAAGGUACCGUGAGCAGCAGCAAAGGAGAUGCGCCUCUGCCUCAUCCAUCGAAUCUUCUUCCUUGUCAAUGGAGACUUGGCUGGCUCUGGCUACUCCUAAGCCUUCCGUGGAGCACAAAUCUUAA